UUGAGUGAUCUGCCGACCUCUCCUCUCCUCUCUCCUCCACCCCGCGGCCUCGCAACGACACCCCGUCUAUGAACUCUACCUCCAUGUGGAUUCCAAGCCUUUCCCUUCCCCACCAUGGCGAGAAAAAUAGUUAGCAGAAAGAGAAAGGCUGCGGAACUAGAGCCGGAGCAGUGCAGCCAGGAUCACACAGUACGCAAAAAGAAGAAGCUUCCACCUGUGAAGAAGUCCUUUGUCUGUUACCUUGCAGGCCAACAGAUUAAGCUUCAGAAUGAGCAGAGCUACCAGCAGGCACUGCGUGCCUACGCAGCUCAGAGACUACCUGCCCUUUUAAAGGAGGAAGAGUUCCAAUUGGGGACUCUGAACAAAGUAUUUGCAUCCCAGUGGCUGAACCAUCGGCAAGUUGUGUGUGGGACAAAAUGCAACACGCUGUUGGUGGUAGAUGUUAUGACUGGCAAAAUAACGAAAAUUCCUAUGCUGAAGGAUCGAGAACAAUCCAGUAUUGACAUCGACCGACACGGGUGUGGAAUCCAUGCCAUUGAACUGAACCCUUCUCGUACCUUGUUGGCUACUGGUGGAGACAACCCAAACAGCAUUGCAGUAUAUCGAUUGCCCACUCUCGAUCCCAUUUGUGUGGGAGAUGAUGGACAUGAAGACUGGAUAUUUUCUAUUGCAUGGGUCAGUGAUACAAUGGCUGUUUCUGGUUCCAGGGAUGGUUCCAUGGGGUUGUGGGAAGUGACAGAAAACAUACUAAACCAGACAGAUACAAGCAUGGAUCCUACAAGAGUCCCCAGUUAUGCACACAUAACGCACAAGGCUCUGAGAGAUAUUCCCAAGGAACACACCAACCCCUACAACUGCAAAGUGAGAGCUUUGGCUUUUAACAACAACAGCAAGGAACUUGGAGCAGUGUCUCUUGAUGGUUACUUUCAUUUAUGGAAAGCUGAGGACAAUUUGACAAAGUUACUCUCUACAAAAUUGCCACAUUGUCGAGAAAAUGUCUGUCUGGCCUAUGGGCAGGAAUGGUCUGUAUAUGCUGUGGGUUCCCAAGCACACGUUUCCUUCCUUGAUCCGCGGCAGCCUCAAAGUUACGUCAAGUCUGUCAGUUCCAGGGAACGAGGCAGUGGUAUUCGAUCUGUAAGCUUCUAUGAACACAUCAUAACAGUAGGAACAGGACAAGGCUCCCUUCUCUUCUAUGAUAUCAGAGCUCAGAAGUUUAUGGACAGGUCGUGUCAAUCUAACCACUGCAGUGAAAAACUGAAGCUCAAGUCUGGCGAAGAAAUUUUAAAAUUAACAACAGGGAAGGGUUGGUUGAAUCACGAUGAAACAUGGAGGAAUUAUUUUUCAGACAUUGACCACUUUCCGAAUGCAGUCUAUACACAUUGCUACGACUCCUCUGGAACAAAACUCUUCGUUGCGGGGGGUCCGUUGCCAUCAGGUCUUCAUGGAAAUUACGCAGGCCUGUGGAGCUAGUAAUCCCCAUGCCAUGUACUGUAUUUCCGGAUCCUUCGCAUUUUAUCUCCUUGGUUUUCACACUCUGUGUAAAUCCUUUCUUUCUGUGUUUUAGAUAUUGUGUGAAAUACACAAUCCUUUUUCUGUUUAAGCUGUAUGACUGUCAUUUACCUUUCAUUUUUGCAUCAUUGUUCUUCGGUCUGUUUUCUUUUCACUUCUUGACAUAAGUUUCUUACUGAAAAUGUAUGUAGGUUGAAACAGGUACACUACUGAUAGUGAGAUAGGAUCCUUUAAUUAUUGCGUGGCCACUACCAGAUUUUCUGUGAAAGUUUGGAGGGGUUCAAUGUGUGUAAAGGUACUUUUGUGUCAAUUAAAUACAGAAAACUAAA